AUGUUGGCCAUUAAGCGUAUUGCACCCACGUUGGUCAAGAACCAUGCUCGUUAUUUAGGUACUUACAACAGUCCUAGCAACCACCGCGAGUUGACAGCGGAAGAAAAGAAAGUGAUUGAACCCAUGAUUCGCGUGGAUCAGUCGGGUGAAGUCGGGGCCUAUUACAUUUACAAAGGUCAAAUUGCAGUUCUAGGAGGCGAUGCUAAACUAAGACCGAUUCUGGACGAAAUGUGGGAACAAGAAAAGGAGCAUUUAAAGCUAUUUAGUGAAUUGGUCGGUGAACAUCGUGUUCGUCCUAGUCUUUUAAGACCCAUUUGGGAAGUGGCUGGUUUUGCUGUGGGUGCUGGUACGGCUCUCAUGGGAAAAGAAGCUGCCAUGGCUUGUACAGAGGCUGUCGAAACAGUCAUUGGCAACCAUUACAAUGACCAGCUCCGUGAACUUCAUGCAUUCAAAGAUCCUAAUGAACAGCUGAAAUAUCUUUCCAAAACGGUGGCUAGUUGCAGAGACGACGAAUUAGAACACCAUGAUAUUGCAGUUGAGCAUAAUUCACGCCAGGCUCCCUUUCAUGCCGCAUUAAGCGCAGUGAUUACACAAGGAUGCAAAUCUGCUAUUUGGGUUGCUGCUCGAAUUUAA